AUGGCGUCUUUGGGUGGGCGCCGUCUCGGCGCCGCAGAAGGGAGGGAGCUUGUGUUCUGCCACGCAUGCCAGCAUGAAUGGUAUCGUGAAAACGCAGACCUGGAAUGCCCCAGGUGCCACAGCUCGUUUACUGAGAUCGUCGAGUCGUCAAAUGAUCCCCGCGACCCGUCUCCCAUCGGCAUAGAUACGCUCGCAGACUUUGCCAGCGCUUCGAGGACCUUUCCGCGCCGCCAAGCUGACGAUUCCGACCCCGAAGAAGGCGAUAUUGAAGAACAUCUGUAUGGUGGGGCGAGAUCCUCCUCCACUGGGCCUCCCCCCGGGUCUCAAUAUGGUAUGAGCAAUGCCAGUCGUCCAGGUGACGAGGCCGACCUCGUCUUUCGCCGGUUUGCCGACAUGCUCAUGCAUGAUCUCGGGGCUGGAAGGGCAAUACGCAGGAGUCCUGGGCCUAGUGGCAUGUUUCCGCAACAAGAGGAUGCGCCCGAGCCGCAACCUGGACCUAGAUUCCACCAGACCACCUUUAGGGCUGGCCCAUUCGGUGGACGUACCCGGGUUACAGUCACAAGUGGGACUUUCAGCGGAGGUGGCACCGAAGGGUCGCCCUUCAACACAGCAUCAAUCUUCGAUCCCCUUUUCGGCUUUGGCGCUGGAGAUGAUGCGAGCCAGCGAGAGCGUAGUCCGGGACCGGGUUUCGGCUUCCCAUUGCUGGGCAGUCUCCAAGAGCUCAUGAAUUCUUUAUACAACCCCGCCGCGGCGGUCCAUGGAGAUGCGGUCUUCACCCAGGAGGCCCUGGACCGCAUUAUUACACAGCUCAUGGAGGCAUCGCCGCAAACUAACGCCGCCCCACCGGCAUCGGAAACCGCCAUUGGGAAUCUUGAGAAAAAAAAGGUGGACGACGAGAUGCUCGGUCCAGAGGGCAAAGUCGAGUGCACUAUUUGUAUUGAUGAGAUGAAGAAGGGUGAUGAGGUGGCUGUUUUGCCCUGCAAGCACUGGUACCACGGCGAAUGUGUCGUCCUCUGGCUCAAGGAGCACAACACAUGCCCCAUUUGCCGGAAACCGAUUGAGGGUGCUGGGACGAGCAGCAGCGGAAACAACGGUAACAACCACGAUCUCGGCUCUAAUUCCGGCCAGCGGGCGUCUUCAUCACCAUCUUCACACUCCCCCAUCCCCAAUCAACAACCCAAUACAACUUCCUCAACUUCGGCGCCCUCUCCCGAUUUCGCCUCGCCCACGCAAGGUACACCUUUCCGUUUCUCCCCCGGCUCGAUGUUCACCGACUCGCUUUCCGCCCGACCCCGCCCCGACCGCGGUCCGCGCGAGCGUGACAGACCCCUCCGGAGCGCCCGCGAAAACAUGGACCGCCUCAACUCGAUCCGAAACCUAACAUCUGGUAAUGGUAGCGGUAGUGGUUCACCCACGCUCUCGACAUCGAUGUUCCGACGCAACUCGCAUUCGCCGCCCCCCGCGGUUUCGCGACCGAGCGGCAAUUCGAAUGAUGAAGCGAUUGCUCAGAGAACCGCGCGGGUUAGAAGCCCCUCGGCUUCGAGGAAUCGUGAUCGGGCCCGGCAGCGGGAAUUGGAUUGGGGUGCGAGUGAGAGGGGCGCUGCGGCAUGGGACUGGGGCCUUGGAGAUGGAGGAUUUGGGGACGGUCGAAGGUCAUCGCAGCCAAGUCAGACGCAACACCAAAGCCAACAGCAACAGCAGCCACAAGAACGGCAAGGGCAGGGACAGGGGGGUGGCACGUUUGGAUGGUUGAGGGAUCGCUUUGGAGGCAGAAGAAAUUGA